CUUGUUAUAAUAGUGUCAGGGCAAGUCGUUACGCAUGAAGAAAUUAAAAAAAAAAUAUUUAUAUUAUUUUUCAUUUAUUCUUAGUUACGUAAUAUAUAUAUAGCAUAAUAAAUCAUCGUAUGAAUAAUAAUAAAUAUUUAAUCAUAGUGUUUCGCCCGCUUUUUCCUGUUUAAAUUUAAACAUGACGAAUGCCUACACAGAUGUCGUGGAGUUGUGCGCAUUAUUACAGUGUUUAGGAUUCAGUAUAAAGUCUUUGGAGACAACCGACGUGAGCAUAAGCCAGGAUGGUGCGACGCGUACUGUGGUCAUUAACUGUCAGGCUUCGGGAUUUCACGUUGUAAUGGAAAGUACAAAUUCUACUUGUUCGUGUCCGAUGGCUCCGUCUCACCAAAACAGCGGCUUUUGGGAAGUUUCCGGUGUCACAGGUGGAAAACAGUAUAGCAAGGAAUGUGGCAGUUCCCUCCUAGGAUCACUCCCCAAGGCACAUCGGGAGCGGCUCACGCUGCAGUUACAAGAGAUCGUCCGUUGUAUCAAGGAACAUAACGAGUCGGAUGGAGAAAAACACAAGGAGGCUAUAGGAAAUAAGUCUGCUAGCAUGAUCGAGUUGAAGACACCAGAAAAAAGACAUUAUCAAAUAACGACUCAGACGCCAACCCGUUACCGAUCGCUGGAUACGCUGACGACAAGUGGAAUGGCCCCGGAACAGCUCCCUACUCCCGGCCCGUUACUUAAAGACACGAUUGAAGACAACGCAGACGGGAAAAAGUUGAUGUGUCAAAGGCAGAGCACAUACACACUUUCAUCGACGCCGGGAAGUUCAAGGCGACGCAACAAAACAUCGAGUCCAAUUCAAGUACCAUCGAGUUCCGUGCUAGAAAGCUUAAUCGAAACAGAGAAAACGGCAGAGGAAUUGAGAAAUAAAUUAUCAAAUGUUAUUAAAGAAAUUGUUGAAGAGGGCAAGCUCGACUCUUCCAUGUCUUCAUUAGCGCUGGACGUGUCUAAAAUAUCACUUUUAAAGGGUACUGAGUCUUCAAAAAUCCAGUUUGCAUCAAGCCCUAACUUAUCUGGCUUAGCAGUUCAAGAUGAUUGUAUGAAAAGGCUAAAACGAGUUGAUAGUGCAUCAACAUCUAACUUAGCUGCCAAACCUCCACAGAAGGAUGGAAAAAUGUCCAAACUUCGACGAAUAUCUCCAAAUCUAUUUAAACUACGAAACAGUCCUAGUGUUGCCAAAUCUGAUAAAGAAAAAACACCUCAAGACACAAAAAGCAGCAAAUUAAAUAGUUUAUUCAAGCCGAGAAUAGUAACAACACCUGUAAGAGUGGCUAAAACAACUAUUGACGCUAAUGCCAAUCUCAGUUCUUCAAGAAAGAAAUUUAGCAAUGUGAAGUCCACAAUACCGAGGCCUGCGUCUAAAAAAGAAUAAAAACACUUCGAAUUUCCUAUUUAAAUAAAUACUUAAAAACUUGAUUACAAUAAAAAAAAAAACAA